CUUGUUUGCUUGCUGGCCGCUCCUCGCAGACCUCUGGUGUCGAGGGCACAUCACACACUCCGCGCUAAGGUGAGCAAGCUCGGUCUGGCGUCUCGAAGGUCUUGUGACGGCAAAGGCGACAGCGUAACGUCGCGAAGGAGUCUGGCGUCCGCCUGAGCUGGCAGUCGGGCUAGUCGCUAUAAAGAUAUCCCAAUGCUCAGCUCUGCUCUCUCUGUCGCACAGCUGUUCGCUAGUUCACCCGCCGUCUCCGUGCUCUGCCGGCUCACCGUGAAUCCUUGCAGGUCCCGUCAGCAUGACAUCACUACCAGACCUGCCCCCGGAGCUGUACGACUGCGUCCUUGACUGCCUUUCUGACGACAAACCCACCCUGCGAAGGUGUGCCCUCGCAUCGCGCCAAUGGCUGCCUCGCGUCCAGCAUCACCUCUUCCGUUCCAUCUAUAUCGACUGGUCCAAUUGCUACGCCUUCACCCGUCUCCUCCAGUCUAAUCCGGCCCUCGGAUUGCACGUCGCAACGUUGGAAAUCGAAGGCGCGUUUGGCAUCUUUUCCAUGGACCGUCUACAUGGUGCGACCCUCGACGCCUGGCUCCGUUCUAUCCCCCCGUCCUUCCCUCCCCAGCUCAGCAACCUCACCAAGCUCGAGCUCGCCCUCAUCACCAUCGACGCCGAGCUUGUCCGCCGCUUCUUCGGCCGUCUCUCCGGCAUCUCCCACCUCACCCUCUGGGCCUGCGCGCUCACGUCUUUCGACGUCUUCGUAGAGCUCUUUGCCUCCUUCCCCGACCUCAAGCGCCUCAGCAUCGCGUUCACACAAGAGUGGGAGACCGGCCCGCGCCCGAUCGCCGCUUUCCCCGAGGGCGUGAUCCUCCCGCGCAUUGAGGUUGUCGACAUGACGAGUUGUUGCGAUAACUUCAAAGUACUCCAGUGGCUCGUCGCGCAGAACCUACACACUGCGAUCCACACCUUCUCUUGCUCGCGGGUACCAUGGUCGAGCAUCUGCGUACUCCGCAACGUCCUUGGAGCGCUCGCCCCGACGCUCCGUACCCUCAAGGUCGGCUUUGGGGACAACGGGGCCAUGUCAGACGACUUCCCAAGCGCGAGCUCCAGCUGGGCGCAGAACGCGUUCAGCCCGCUCGCCGCGCUAACGACCGUCACGCUCGAGAUCCAGACGGGCCGGAUCGCGGUCGUGCCCUUCACGCUGCUGCUGCUCGUGCACCUGCCUGUGCCCGCGCUGCGCACGCUCACGUUCGCUGUCAAGUGCGGGGAGUACGACAGCGCGCUGGGCGAGCUCUGGCCGCGCAUGGCGGCCACAACGGCGAGCGUGGCGCGCGCGACCCCCCUGGAGCGCGUAGUGGUGUGCGCGAAGGAGAAGAGCGAGGACGGCGUCGCGAGCGGGGCGAGCUUCCCGUAUCGCGGGCUGCCGAGCUUCGACUUUGCGGAGAUGGAGAGCGCGGUCGUAGCCGCGUUUGCGGCGAAGGGGCUCGAGAAGAUGCUGACGUUCGUCAAGAAGGAUUAGCGUGGGCUGGAUGUGUUCUGUCGACGGAACGUUGAGAAUCUUGUGUCUCAUCAGUAGGCACCGCUGGUCGUCGUAUCUGGGACGGAAUGGAUGUAAUUUAUGUACAUAUUUGCUAUCGCUUGCUCGUCUCCGCCCUGUCUUUUCUCGCCCGUCCAUCGUUUUCGCAUUGUUGUCGCUCCUUGCUAUCGUCGCUCGUUCGUCUUCGAUCGUGUAUCUCGUAUGUAUGUAUCGCUAGUAUUUAACUCCGCUGCCUGUUCGUGCACAUAUAUCUAUUGUAACAUAUUCGC